AUGGCUGGUGCAGAACCAGAACCGUAUGCAGGAGUCGACAUGGUGCACGGUGCCAUUGCCGUCAAGGAGCAGUUCCAGCUGUUCGAUGACAAUGAGACCGGCACCAUUGGCAAGGAGGACCUCAGAUCCUUGAUCCAGAACUUGGGCCACUUCGACCCGGACGAAAUCGACAGGAUCCUGAAUAUAGCCGUCGGAGACGAUGGCAACGAGAUCAUGUACGAGUCCUUUAUCGACUGGGCGUUCAACAGUGCCAAGGUCAUCGAGCACCGAAAGGAUCGACUUCGCAAUGUGAAGUUGUUCCAGAAUUUCGGCGAGCUCGAAAUAGAGGAAUGCGCCAAAGUCCUUGAGCUUGUCACCUACCCAGCUGGACAGGACAUCAUCAAGCAAGGCGACGAAGGCUUCGACUGCUUCAUUGUUGAUGCGGGGGAGUGCUUCGCGCAAAUUCAAAUCAGCGGCAAGUGGAGGGAAGUUGUCCGCUACGAGCCAGGAGGCUUCUUCGGUGAGCGAGCCCUUCUCAGGAAAGAGCCACGAGGGGCCAUGGUAACAGCACGCACCGAUGUGAAGCUGCUACGGCUCAGUCGUGAGGAGUUCGUGUCGAUGAUCGCGGAACGAGAUCACAAGGAAAAUCUCAUCCGCAAGAUCAAAGAGUUCGAUACCUUCAAUGACGUGCAGGUGGCAACACUUGCAGGAGCGUUCGAAAGGAGAUGGUUCGAGGAUAACGAGACCAUCUUCAAGCAAGGCGACGAAGGUCACCACUUCUACCUUUUAGAGGAUGGGGAGUGUGUAGCCUCGGAGAAAGACCUCGAGGGGAAUGAGAACGAGGUGAGGCGCUACGAACCGGGCCAGCUCUUUGGGGAGAGGGCCUUGAUCGACUCCUCCCCACGGCCGGCCUCCGUGAGAGCUGUGGGGACUGUCAAGGUUCUGCAGCUGAGCCGUGAGGAGUUCGAGAAGAAGCUGGGGACGCUCAAUGAGCUGAAGGCUCAGGCAUACAAGUCAGAUCCGCGAAAGCUCAUUGCCGAUUUCUACCAACCAGGGGAUUCCUGGGGACCAGGGGGCAGCAGGGACGAGGCCACCGCCAAGAAGGACGACGACGUCGUAAGCAGGUGGUUUGUGGUGUACAGACCAUGCAGCCGCGACUCCAUCGCCAAGAUGCUGGGGAAGGUUGGCGUGGGAAAGGGUCUGAAUGUCAAAGGCAAGUCCGCCAAGAAGAAUCGGCUAUCGGGUUUUGUGCCCUUCAUUCAGAUCAGUGACAACAGGCACAAGUGGGAUGUGGAGGAGUCUCCGAAAGACACGCGAACCAAGAUCUUCUACAGGAGCAAGGCGGCCCGAGAGCAGGCGCAAGGCUCGCUUUCCAAGGUCCUCAAAGAGGCCAAGCUUCUGAGAAUGGAUGAUCCGACAAUCAAGCUCAUCACCGACUACGAGCCGACAACCUUCGGACUCGAUGUGCCCGAACCUUUGAUGAGGGAGGCUUACAUCAUGAAGCCCGAUCUGUCGCCUAUGGUUGGCUGGGAGACCGGCAGGCAAUCCGAGCCCGCUUUCAUGGAUAUGAAUUUGCAUGCAGUGCGCGGGGACACCAGACCAGAAGUCGUGCUCUACCAGUAUGACCUGGCCGACCCCAUGAAUCCCUUGGGGCUGCUGGUGGCCUAUGCUGAAGCGCACGUGCUGCCAGUCGUAAGCGACUUCGACACGUUCCUGGUCGGCAGCACCAAUGUAGCGUAUGAUCCUUUGCCGCCAAAGCAGCAGGAGAUGUUCCAGUGGUGCCUGGAGCACACGGCGGACAUCAUCGGGCUGCCGGCUUCCAAGGGCUGGACAUCCCGAUGGUUGGAGGUACUAAAGGAAGAAGCCAACAAGAAAGGUUUUCACCCGGAAAUUCCAAAGUUGGGUUUUGGUGACGACACAUCUGUACGGCUCAUCGGUGAUGUGGUGAAAGUGACGGCAUCCUGCGGUGCUAUCCGCCACGGCGCAGAGUGCUUCAACUUCUACUUUCCGCAGGAGCUGGAUGACGAGUUCCUGGUCAUCUGGGACGGCUACCAGGACCCACCUUGGCGAGCGCUGAAAGAGGCAGAGCUGAGGAACUUCCUGACGGAGCGCGCGGAGGAGGGCUACUGCUUUCCGCUGAAUCCUGUUUGGCCAAUUCGAGACCAGGGCUGGUACGAGGUGCUGGACACCCUGCGCAAGAGACAAGAGCCACAGAUCAUCCAGAACCUCCAAGGAUGGUUCUCCGAGGAGGCACUAAAGCGAAUAGACGAGAUCCAUCAAGAGUUCCCAGACGGCUUCUCCGCAGCGGCAAUGAAGUCGAGGGCAGGAUCCACCGUGGCCAGCUUGCAGGACUUCACCGGCGAAGAAAUGGCCGACUUCGCGCGAGAGGAGGUUCGAAAGGUGGUCAAGGCUCGCUGGAAAAGGAUUCGGUCUUCUUUGAUGAUGCUGGCGAGAAUCAUGGCGGAAAUGGACGACGAAGAGCAUGCGAAGAUGUUGGGUGGCGAUGGCACGUGA